AUGUCUGAAGUUGAUGACAGUCCACAAAAGAAUGUCCCACCUGAUGAUGCAGAUUACCAGCAGUACUUUGACACAGUGUUGGAUAAGCUUGUAGAUGAGUACUUGCUGUCCAAACCACAUUCCCAGUCCAAUCAAACAUUAGAUGAACAACCCGACCGAAGCAAGGAGUAUUCACUGUGUCUUCUUAGGUUAUUUUUCAUUUUAAAAAGCCUGAAAGAUGCAGUAAAGUUGGGUGAUGGGGAUCGGCUGGCAACCAUCCGCAAGGUAUUGUCAGACCUGCCAACUCUCACGGAUUUCCUGUGUGACCCACAAAUUCAGGCAUUAUCUCAUGGACUCACGGAAAUAUUUUCAAAUCUCACGGAUUCACGAUUCUGAAAUUUUAACCACCACUAGACUUUAAAAUUGAAGUGAUUGAAAUGAAAUAAAACUAGCCAUUGACGGUAAUUCUAAUUUGUAAAAUAUCCCCAACAGUGUUUAUGUACUCAUUACCAAGUAAUAGUCUAAGUGUUCCGCCAUUUUGAAAACCUAAACGGUAUGCUCCAUUAGUGUAUCAACGGUGCAGAGCGGGAAAUUUACUGCAAGAAAAUGGCGGAAGCAGACCGAAACUUCUCAAAUUGGCUAAUGGGCUAUUCCUUUUUUAUAUUCACAUAAUCCCAUAUUGAGGAACUUGAAAAUGCGGGUCAGUGGUUGAAAAUCAUCCCCUUCCUCUGGAAUUCCUCAACAAGGGUGUGUGGGAUAAAUAUUGGAAUAGUAUCCCGAAUUAGUAGGAUACACUCAUAUAGACUAUAAGACCAGGUUGAAUUUGUAAGUAAACUGUUGAGUUAAAGUUUUAUUUUGGAGGACAGUAAUUAAAAAUUGCUGUCACAGAACAUAGAUCAGUCAUCUAUAGGCAAUGAUUUCAGUAAUUGUCUUAACCAGAAAUACCCCAGAUUUUCAGUAUUUUAUCUCCAGAAAUGAGAGAUCAAUCUCAAGAAAUUUUCUAUAAGAUCUUCAGAUUUGUUGCUGUUGGAGGUUGGCAGGUCUGUAUUGUUGAAGCAUUUUAAGAGUCACAGUGGUCAUAACACUUAUGCAAUUGAGAUGUUGAUAAGCAUCUUGCAGGAUAAGGCGUUUCUCACCAAGAGACAGGCCCAUCAAGCUAGGUGGGCCUCUUUAGUCAACUCGAGGGGUGGUUCCGGGAACAAUAUAGAAAUCGAUCUUAUGCAAGAAAACUUAAACAGGGAGCUGAAAAAAGGUAUAAGAGCAAUGGGAGCAAACAAAACACCAAAGGCAAUUGAACGAUUCAGCAAAGCAGCAUGGGGGCAGCAGAAAUUAUAA